AUGAGCCCAACUCUGAACAAGAUUGCAACCUCUCUGCAGAGAAGUGGGGCAUUCAUCAAUUCUUUAAUUGCAGCUCUGACUGUGGGUGGACAACAGCUGUUCUCCUCGUUCACAUUCAGAUGUCCCUGUCAGGCUGGGAAAAACUUCUACUACGGCUCUGCUUAUCUUGCCGUCCCUGCCUUGAUCCUUCUGAUGGCUGGCUAUGCACUGAGAAGCCAGGUGUGGACGAUGACUGGCGAGUCCUGCUGCAGCUGUGGUCCCCCGCUCCGAAGGAUCAGCCCCCUGGAGCGCAAGCUGGCUUGCCUGAGGUGGCUUGGCAUCACUGGGCGGGCAGUUGUUGCUCCCUUGACAUGGCUGGCGGUGACGCUGCUGACGGGCACCUACUAUGAGUGUGCAGCCAGUGAGUUUGCAUCCGUGGACCAUUACCCAAUGUUUGAUAAUGUCAGCGCCAGCAAACGAGAUGAGAUCCUGGCUGGGUUUCCCUGUUGUCAGUCAACAACUCCUGAUCUGCUCCUGGUGAGAGAUGAAAUCGCUCUUCUACACAGAUUCCAGUCACAGAUGCUGGGCUGGAUUCUGAUCGCCUUGGCAACCGCUGCUGUCCUGGUGUGCAGCUGCGUGGCACAGUGUUGCUCCCCCCUGACUUCUCUGCAGCAUUACUACUGGGCCAGCCACCUGGAGAAUGAGAGAGCGCUCUUCCGAGAGGCCGCCGAGCAGCACUCCCGGCUUCUCAUCCUGCAGCGUGUUAAGAAGCUGUUUGGCUUUGUUCCUGGGAGUGAAGAUGUCAGACACAUCCGCAUCCCCUCGUGUCAGGACUGGAGGGAGGUCUCCGCACCCAGUCUCUUAUGCAUGGGUGACUGCCUGCAAGGUCACUACAGCGUCCUUGGAGACCGGGUGGAUGAGGAAAAUGAGGAAGACAAAUCCCGAGGCAUUGAGCUAAAACCUUGAUGAACCACCUUUCACCAUUUAAGCUGCUUAACAGAUACUUGGUUGUUACGAUCAUGGGGUUUCAAUGUAAUCUCUUCAUCUUAUUCUCUCUCCUCUGACAUUUGCUUACACAGGCCAUGUAAAAUCUUACAUCUAACAUCAGUAUAUCUGAUAAUUGUGCCAAUCUCUUUGAAAUUUCAUUGAUGGCCUGGUAAUGCUGUGUCAUAUUUGUUUAAGUAAAAACGAGAUGGAAUUUGAAGUUGUAUCAAAAUUUGCACCUUAGUUCUGCUGCUUAGUAGCUGUGUGAAAAUUAGUAUUUCUAAGUACCAUUUUGUCAUCUGCACAUAAUAGUUACCUCAUAGAGCUGCUGUGAGAAUUAAAUAUAAUCAGUGUUCAGCCUUUCACAAAAAAUAAAUGUUAAUGUGAAUUUCUCCUUUUCUCUAAAACGGCAUUCCAUAUCGUCUAUCACUAUUUUUCCUCCCAUUUCUGAUUUUGUAUCUCCCUUUAUAUGAUAUCUAGAACUUUUCACAGCCUUCUUUUUUCAAACUUAAAUAUCUGGCCUUUGGGGAAGGACAAAAAC